GCGGCGGAACCGGGCGUGACGGCAGCCGCGCAAGAUGGCGGCGCGGGGCCUGCUGCGCGGCGGGCUGCGGCGGCUGCUCGGCGGGCUCCUCGGCAGGCCCUGGCUCUCGCCGCCGGCCCGAGCCCUCCGGGAGGUCGUGGAGGUGACCGAAGGCAACACGACCAUAAUUGAAGGGAGAGUUCAUGAGGAUCCUGAAAUACCAACACCUCCAAACCCCUCUGGCCAGUGUCCCAUCUGUCGCUGGAACCUAAAGCAUAAGUACGAUUAUGUGGAUGUCUUGCUGCUGAGCCAGUUUAUUCGUUCUGAUGGAGGGAUGCUGCCACGCAGGAUUACAGGCCUCUGUUUGGAGGAGCACAAGAAGAUUGCUGUCUGUGUGCAGAUGGCUCACCGUGCAGGUUUGUUGCCAAAUCACAGGCCUCUACUUCCUGAAGGGCAUAUUCCCAAGAAACCCAAGCUCAACAGGUAUCUGACUCGCUGGUCCAUCAAAGCUGCAAAGCCCAUCUGGAGGAGGGGCCCUAAGUGGUGCAAAAAAACCAUGCCAGUUGGACACCCUUUGCUGAAGGAUAAUGUCAAAUAUACAGACAAGCCUCUCUUUUUAAACCACUAAUGGCCAGAACUGGCAUGCAGAACACCUGUGGCAGUGGCAGACAGGCAUGUGUGCAUCUUACAUGUGCCCUAAGGAUUCCUGGCUUGUGCUUCACUCCUGGAUCUACCAAAUACAGAAUGCUGACAUUUUUAA